AUGCAGGCCAUUAAAUGUGUUGUUGUAGGAGAUGGUGCGGUGGGAAAGACGUGUCUUCUCAUCUCGUACACUACCAAUGCCUUCCCGGGAGAGUACAUCCCCACUGUAUUCGAUAACUACUCGGCGAAUGUUAUGGUCGACGGCAAGACCAUAUCCCUCGGCCUCUGGGAUACCGCCGGUCAGGAGGAUUACGAUCGUCUCCGCCCGUUGUCCUACCCCCAGACGGAUGUGUUCCUCAUCUGCUUCUCCCUGGUUAGCCCCCCUAGUUUCGAGAACGUGCGAACUAAGUGGUACCCGGAGAUUUCACACCACGCCCCGUCAACGUCCAUAGUCUUGGUUGGCACGAAGCUCGAUUUGCGCGAAGAUCCCGCCACUAUCGAAAAGUUGAGGGACCGUCGGAUGGCGCCUAUUCAGUACUCGCAGGGUGUCCAGAUGGCGAGGGACAUUGGUGCCGUGAAGUACUUGGAAUGCUCUGCUCUCACCCAGAAAGGUCUCAAGACCGUGUUCGACGAGGCUAUCCGCGCUGUUUUGAACCCUCCCCCCCAGCCUACCAAGAAGGGCAACAAGGGCUCCAAGUGCAUCAUCGCUUGA